CGCGCGAUGGCGGAGGUGGACCCCCCCGCGCCGGUGGCGAUCGAAGUCGACGGCGAAGAUACGCCGCCGACUUCCCCGCGGACGUCGACGUCGUUGCCGUCGUCGCCGAUGACGCCGUCGAUAGGCGGUGCCGUGAAAUCGAGCGGAUGGAAGCACCUCGCGCCGUACCCGCUGGACGAUCGAUGGGACGACGUCCUCGCGCUCGGCCCACGCGAUCGGUGCCGAGCCGGUACGCUCGCGAACGGGAUGAAGUUCUACGUCAUGCGGACGUUUAAACCGAAAGAUCGCGCGUCGCUCGCGCUCGCGGUCGACGUCGGCAGCAUCGCGGAGGAGGAGGACGAGCAAGGCGUCGCGCACCUCGUCGAGCACCUCGCGUUCAGGGCGACGGAGAGCAACGAGAACUUUCACAUCGUCAAGUUUUUAGAAUCCAUCGGCGCCGAGUUCGGGGCGUGUCAAAACGCGUACACGUCCAUGGACGAGACCGUGUACGAGCUCACGGUGCCGAUAGAUAAGCCGGGCAUACUCGACGAGGCGCUGAGCAUAAUGUCCGAGUGGGUGAACAAAGUGCGGAUAAGCGACGACGACGUGAGGGACGAGCGCGGCGCGGUGCUGGAAGAGAUGCGGAUGGGCCGAGACGCGCGAGGCAGAUCGGCGGAGGCGUACUGGAAGCUCCUCAUGUCCGGGUCGAAAUACGCGGAGAGGCUGCCGAUCGGGCUGCAGUCCGUGAUCAAAGACGGCGACCCGGAGGUGUUCCGGAGGUUCUACAGGAAGUGGUACCGACCGGAACGGAUGGCGGUCGUCGUCGUCGGGGAUUUCCCGGAUCUCGACGGCGUCGCCGAAUCGAUCGCGAAGACGUUUGAAACGUGUUCGCCCGCGCCGGGGCAACCGGUCGAGAACCCGGUCGUGCACCGCCCGACGAUCGCGCCGCACGCCGCGCCGCGCGUGACGUGCGACGUGGACAAGGAGCACACGAAGACCAUGGUCACGGUGACGUACAAGUACGCCAGCGGCGGGAUCUCAACCCCGGGCGGGCUGUUCGAGAAAACCGUCGAGGAGGCGUUCAAGCUCGCGAUCGAUAACCGCCUGUAUAAGAUCAUGCGGAAGGCGGACCCGCCGUUCUUCAGCGCGGCGUGCUCUGUGGAGGACGCGACACGAACGACGACGAUGUUUAGCGUUCAGAUCGUGUGCGACGAAGGGAAGGUCACGCGGGGGCUGGCUGCGGGUUUGCGAGAGAUGACGCGCGCGCGUCUUCACGGAAUCUCCGAGCAGGAGCUCAAGAUCGCCGCGGCGAAGCAGCUCGCGGAGGCGGAGCAGCUGUACGUCGAGCGCGACCAGACGUACUGCACGUCCCUGCGCGACGAGCUCGUCGGGCACUUCCUGAGAGGCGAGCUCGUCGUCGGCGCGGAGGAAGAAGCGCGGCUGAGCAAGGCUUGCACGGAGAAGAUGCGCACGACGCACGCCGACGCGUUUGGGAAAAAGUUUAGCGUCGACGCGAGCUGCACGAUACGCGUCAUGGAGGGACGACGGUCGACGACCGUGGAGGAGAUCGAGGCGGUCGUGAGGGAGAUACAACGAGAGGAAGACGCGGGAGAGAUCACGGAGAACGCGAUGUUCCAAGUCCCGAGCGUCGUGUUGAAGGACGAGGCCCUCCCUCCGCCGGGACGCGUGACGGAGGAGCGAUCGUUUCCGAGCGUCGGGUUCGAGGUCUUGACGCUGAGCAACGGGAUGAAGGUCGGGAUGAAGACCACGGACUUUCUGGACGAUCAGGUCCUCGUGAGAUGCUUCGCGAAAGGAGGCCUGAGCGAGGUCCCGGAGAGCGAGUACCUCGACGCGUUGUACGCGAACACGAUCGCGACCGAGCUCGGGAUUUUCGGGUUGAAGCCGGAGAUUUUGUCCGACGUGCUCGCGGGGAAACGCUGCGACGUCUCGAGUAAAACCGGGACGUACUACCGCCGCGUCGACGGCGACACCUCCCCUACGGACAUCGAGAGCGGGUUACAGCUCAUACACGCGCUGUUCACGUCGAACGUCAGAGACAUGCUCGUUCCGGAGGAGCUCGAAGCGGUCCUGCGGAUGCAAGAGCAGGCGAUUCGGAACCGGUCGCGGAAUCCGAACACGCUGUUCCACGAGACGAUUCGAUACCUCGCGUACGGGCGGUCGUACAUGACGAGGCCGCUGAAACCGUCGGACGUUCGAAAGAUGCGCCCGCUUCGCGCGUGCGAGCACUUCAACGCGUCGUACUCGGACCCGAGCGAGUUCGCCGUCGCGCUCGUCGGCGCGUUCGACGCCGACCGCGUGCGUCCGAUGCUCGAGAAGUACCUGGGCUCGAUACCGGUUCCGAGCGAUUCGAAACCGCACGAUUCGAAACCGCUCACGCCCGCGACGUUUAAGUUCCCGUCCGGGGUCGUGAACAAGACGAUCCGCGUCCCGAUGGUCGAGCCGAUGGCGAUGGCGAGCAUCAUCUUCCCGAUUAACAUCCCGAACCCGGAUCACGACGCGGUCACCGGGGAGGUCGUCGCGACGGUGGAGGGCUCCGCGAAGAUUCGACGGAUGAAGCACAUCAGCGUCACCGCGAGCGGGAUCAUCGAGCGUCGGCUGCUCGCGCUCUUGCGGUUCAAAUUCGGGGAGAUUUACACCUGCUCCGCGGGCGCGUCGUUUUCGUACCAAGACCAGAGCGCCAUGGUCGGCGACGUGAUUCGCGGCGACGUCAUGAUCAGCUUCAGUUGCGACCCGGACGCGGGUCAGCGGCUCGCCGCGCUCGCGUUAGAGAACGUCGUCGACCUCAUCGAGAACGGCCCGACGCUCGAGGACGUGAAGACCGCGGUCGAGGUCGAGCGGCGGACGUUGGAGGUGAGCGCGAAGGAGAACUCGUACUGGCGCGAGUACUUCCAGGCGCUGACCAACAGCCGGCUCGCGCCCGUCGUGGACGGCGACUUGGACGCCAUCUUCGAGCUGUCCGAGCGCACGCGCGAGGAGCUCCUGGACGGCAUAACUCCCGCGAUCGUCAGAGAGCACCUGCGCGAGUGCCUCAAGGUCCAGGACCGGGUCGUCGUGGUGCUGCGGCCGCGGCGGGCGCUGUGGCGGAGGGUGUUGACGCCGGACCCGACCACCGCGGAGGGGCUCGUCGUCAUGAGCUGCGUCGGGAUCGCCGCUUGGGGGGUCAUGAGAUGCUUUAAGCGGCGUUGA